CAGAAAGUGAUUGGAUAUUAUCAGAUGAAUUUGGAUUACAAGAAUUAUUAAUACUUAUAAGAUCAGGAACAGAGAAUUUUUCUAUUAGAGAAAAAAGAAUUAGUGAAUGGCUUUUGAAUUAUGAUCCAGAUAUUAUACUUGAACAAUUUAAACCAGAUGAAAUAUUAAAUGAAAUUAAAUCUGUGUUCGUGAAUGUUAAUGAUGAACUUGAUAAAUUGGAAUUG